AUGACAUCACCUUCUUCGGUUGAAAAAUUGUCAUUUGAACAUGACGAUGCUCUUCUUAGUCAACCCACUAAACCGGUUGCAAAAGAUUUGGAAACUUCUUCUUUCUCCUCAGGCUCUUCAAAUAAUGAGGGUAAUAUCUUAACCCAGUAUUCCGAAGAACAAACUGAGCAAAUGGGUAAACUGUAUGCUGCCAAAUAUGGUUUGGACGUUGAUUUGUUUGGUAAAGCUGCUCUUUUGGCCCGUCUGCCCAAUUCUUUCAAUUCAAUGUCCUUUUUAUCUGAUGAACAGAAAUCAGCGUUAAAUAAAGAAAUUACUCAGAAAUGGUCCGUCCCCUUUGAGUUAGUUAAAGUGAUCUUUUUAAGUUCAAUGACCGCUGCCGUCCAAGGUAUGGACGAAACAGUCAUCAAUGGUGCCACCUUGUUCUACCCAGAAGUCAUGGGGGUUACUAAUAUGAAAAAUGCCGAUUUAAUAGAAGGUUUAAUCAAUGGUGCACCUUAUCUCUGUGCUUCUUGUAUCGCUUGCUGGUUAAGUGAUCUGUGGAAUAAAAAAUUAGGUAGAAGAUGGACCAUUUUUUGGGCUUGUUCAAUUAGUGCAAUCACUUGUAUUUGGCAAGCCUUGGUUAACUUGAAAUGGUACCAUUUGUUCUUAGCUAGAUUCUUUUUAGGUUUCGGGGUGGGUAUCAAUUCUGCCACCGUUCCUGCUUAUGCUGCCGAGGCUGCCCCUUCUACCAUUAGAGGUAGUUUGGUUAUGUUGUGGCAAUUCUUUACCGCAGUGGGUAUGAUGUUUGGUUACGUUUCUUCUUUGGCGUUCUACCACGUCGGUCACAAUGGUAUUAGUGGUGGGUUAAAUUGGAGAUUGAUGUUGGGUAGUGCUUGUAUUCCUGCUUUGAUCGUUAUGGUGCAAGCUCCUUUUGUUCCCGAAUCUCCUCGUUGGUUAAUGGGUAAAGAUCGCCAUUUAGAAUCUUUUAAUUCUCUUAAUUCUUUAAGAAAUGAUCCUAUUCUGGCUGCAAGAGAUACUUUCUACCAAUAUGUUUUGUUGAAAGAAGAAGGUUCCGUCACUAAUAUCCCAACCUAUAAAAGAUUAAUUGAAAUGUUUACCAUUCGUCGUAACAGAAAUGGUGCUUUAGGUGCUUGGAUCGUUAUGUUUAUGCAACAAUUCUGCGGUAUUAAUGCAAUCGCUUACUAUUCUUCUUCAAUCUUUAAACAAGCCCAUUUCUCUAAUGUUCAAGCAAUGUUGGCUUCUUGGGGGUUUGGGAUGUUAAAUUUCUUAUUUGCAAUCCCCGCCUUCUACACUAUUGAUACUUGGGGUAGAAGAAAAUUGUUAUUACUUACUUUCCCCUUGAUGUCUCUUUUCCUCUUCAUGGCUGGUUUUGGUUUCUUAUGUGAUGAUAAAGAUGGUAAAGUUGGUAUUGUUGCAACUGGUAUCUACUUAUUUACUUGUGUUUAUUCUUCAGGUGAAGGGCCAGUUCCUUUCACUUAUUCUGCUGAAGCUUUCCCUCUUUAUAUCCGUGACUUAGGUAUGGGUUUUGCCACUGCUACUUGUUGGUUCUUCAAUUUUAUUUUGGCAUUUACUUGGCCAAGAUUAGUAAACGCUUUCACUCCAACUGGGGCCUUUUGCUGGUACGCUGGUUGGAACGUUGUUGGUUUCUUCUUAGUUUUAUGGUUCUUACCAGAAACUAAAGGUUUAACUUUAGAAGAAUUGGAUGAAGUUUUCAGUAUUCCAACAAUGACCCACGCUAAAUGGCAAACCAAAGAAUUCAUCUUGGAUAUUAGAAGAGUUGUCUUCAAACAAGAUGUCAUUCCCCAAGAACCUUUAUACUCAAGCCAUAGAAUGGCUGUUACUAAUCCAAUUUGGAAUGAUAAAUCAGACUUCAAACAUGUGGAAUAA